AUGGCGAAGCCCGGCGAUACUGGUUCGCAGCAGCCUACGAGCUUCGAUCCCAGCAAUCAUCCGUCCAACGUCGUUGUUCCCGACCCUAUGACACCUCCUGGCGACAGUGCUACGAUUGGCACACAACCAGUCACUCCGUCCACCUCGUCAGCUGCGCCACAGCCCCUCGCAAUAUUUGCGAUGCAAUCGGUCUGGCCAGACUCUCUCUUCGAUGGACAGGUCGUGUCGUACGAUCUGUCGGCCUAUGGAGUUACGCCAGCGUUCAUACAGGCCUUCACACAAGAGAUGGCCGAACUCACCGCACCGCAGCACUUGCAGUGGCAAGAUCUGGUCUGGAGAUCCUCAACAGCAAUUGCUGUGGAGAUAGGCCUUGACCUUAGAAACCUCAUCGAUGCACAAGCGGUGGAGGUUGCCGCCCGAGUCUGGAUCGUGUACUUGCGUGAUGUACACAACAUAUACCCUAUUGAGUACGCUCACCAAACUUGGUGUCUAGUCCAUACGUAUGGUACGCUGAUGGACAUCUCACCUUUACUUCCCGACGGAAGAUCGCUGCGGGAAAUGAGUGUCGCCCAACCAGAGCUGGAAUAUUUAAGUCGCAUCAUCCACAACACCCCGUUUGCCGAAGUCGAGAACUUGACGCCCAGCGUGAAGCGGCGGAACCUCAAUAUCCACCUGAUACGGGUGGCUUCGUGGUCGGUUGCGGGAGACGAAAUGUCGCAGAGGUCGACGUGGCAGACGACGGCUGAUCUCGUGACCAUCCUCACGAGAUCUACUGAGCUCCAUACUACGCCUUUGAAACGCUUCUGUCUUCUCGGUAGCUGCUUGCGUAUGUAUGCGCUUCCCGUAGAGAAGUUGAUGGAUGGCGACGAAAGCAGCCACUUUCAGGACGCGGGAGAGGUUUCCCAGACUCUUGCAUACGAAGGUGCUAUGAUGAUCUGGAAGUCUACGGUACUUUCAGACACGGAACAGCUUCUAGCAGACCUGACGGCCCACAACCACGUCACCGUUUACUUGGACGAUCUUACACUGCACGAAUUGCUGCGUUUGCUUCGGAUUGCCCACGAGAAGUAUGGCGUGGAGCUCAAGGAUCCAAAGCAGUUGUUUUGGGUGCUGAAUAGUGAUCUGGUCUGCGGAUCUGUCCCGGUGCGCGCAAGGGAUAUGAGAGCCACAUCGUGA